UUCAAAAUCUGGACCACCAAAAACCCUAGAGAGAUCAUCGUAAACCCUCCAAUCCGUAUAUAUACACCAUAGAGGGGCUUCCCCUUCCCUCUGAAAACCCUAGAGCGGCAGGCCUCGUGUCCGAUCAGCCCUUGGGAGGAUGAAGGUGAUUGCUGCUUAUUUACUUGCUGUUCUGGGUGGGAAUAACAAUCCAUCUUCUGAUGAUCUCAAGGAUAUCCUAGGAUCAGUUGGAGUUGAAGCCGGUGAUGAUAGGAUUGAGUUCCUCUUAUCUGAAGUUAAAGGUAAAGACAUAACAGAACUAGUUGCAUGCGGGAGGGAGAAAUAUGCCUCAGUCCCUUCUGGUGCUGGUGCCAUGGCGGUGGCAGCACCUAGUGGAGGUGGUGGUGGUGCUGCAGCAGCUCCUGCUGCAGCAGAGCCCAAAAAGGAAGAGAAAGUAGAAGAGAAGGAAGAAUCAGAUGACGAUAUGGGCUUCAGUUUGUUUGAUUGAGUGGUUCAGCUAUUACAUUUUCAUUUUGCAGCCUUCUUGAUCAUCUAACCUGCAAGAUUGCAAAGACUUAUAGAACUUGAAUUUAGAUCUUUCAUUCAUUCUUCUCAAAACAAUGAGGAGUCAUAUGCUUUAGUAUUUUGAGCUGUUUUUUAUUCCCUUGCUGUAAUCAGUAAAAUGGAACUUGUAGGAUUUCCUUUAAAUGUGCAUUGUCAUUUAUUUAAUCUGUUUGACUGCUUAGAUUGAAUUUUGCAACUAGUUACCCUUGACAAUAUAGUGUUGGAUAUGAUGAUUUGACCAUCUCCA